CAUGCCCCAAUUAUCACACCACCAAGCAUGCCGUCUCGGUUACAUUGGCUUCACCCGGGCUGAGCAUCGUCGCAGACACCAACAGCUGCGGUCUCCCUCCUAAACACCAUCACUGUGGCUAAUUGGGCCUGAGCUGUGCGACCUGCUCCACUGCGGGACUCUUAAGAGGCACCUACGGUACAAUCGACAGGGCCCUUCGUUGCAACCUCCCAGAACUCGCAUUCACCAUGUUCGGCUGGACACGGCGCUUCUCCACCGCCACAUCUUUCCUCAAAACCACGACAAUGGCCGUUUCCUCCCGCCAGCAGCACACUUUCCAAGUCUUCCGCGAUGUGCCCCCACUUCGCAAGCUGCGUCGAGAGCUCCUCCUCUCCAACCGGACCGUCGGUCUCGUCCCGACCAUGGGUGCUCUCCAUGAAGGCCAUCUCUCCCUCAUCCGACAAGCCGCGGCCGAGAAUACCGACGUCUUCGUCAGCAUCUACGUUAACCCGACACAGUUCGGUGUAACGGAAGACCUCUCCAGCUACCCGCGCACUUGGGACAGUGAUGUUGCGAAGCUAGAGGAAUUGAAUGCGGAGCUGGCCCGCCAGAACACCAACAGCGGUCGCAUCACCGCCAUUCUGGCGCCUACCUCCAAGGUCAUGUACCCGACGCUGCCGCCUUCGUCCGAUAUCGACGGCGACGGAUCCUUCGUGACCAUCACCCCUCUCUCCCGGAAGCUCGAGGGAGCUUCUCGGCCGGUUUUCUUCCGUGGAGUUGCGACUGUCUGCAUGAAGCUGUUCAACAUUGUCCAUGCCGACCGGGCUUACUUUGGUCAGAAGGACGUGCAGCAAACCGUGGUCAUCAAGCGUCUCGUGAAGGACUUCUACAUCGAUACGGAGAUCAAGAUCGGGGACACUGUUCGUGAACACGAUGGUUUGGCAAUGAGUUCGAGGAACGUUUACCUUGGCAAGAGAAGACGGACAGUGGGUCUGGUCCUCUACGAAGCCAUGAAGGCGGCGGAGAAUGCCUACAACACUGGCAAGGUCAACCGCAGUGAGAUUCUUGACGCAGCGAACAGCGUCACUGAACGGGUUCUGUCUGAGCAGAAGGCCUUGGCGCCCACGGAGAGGGCUCUGUAUGAGGUUGACUACAUCUCUCUGGCUGAUCCGGAUACUCUGGACGAGCUGGAGGUUGUCGAUCCUGCUAAGGGCGCCAUUCUGAGUGGCGCGGUGAAGAUGGCUCCGCUGGAGGAGGCGAAGCCGGGCGAGGACUGCGGCCUCGGUGAUGGCCAAGUUCCUGUGCGUUUGAUCGACAACUUGAUCUUCAAGCCGCGGGUUUAAAAAAGCUCGUUCUGUCUGUCCGUUGCCCGAUCCAUUCAAAAGCAAGUGUCAUAUACCCGACGUCAUUUAAGUAG